UUGCUGAUUGAAAUGUUAAUGCAGAAUGGCUUGGGGAAAGGAUUUGGUUUUGUGAGUGGACCCUGAGGUCUUCCUCCCGCUUGCAGCUCCUCUAGUGGGGUGGAAUGUCGCCCCGACCCCUUCCCAUUGGCCCGGCAUGUUUGUCCAGGUGUCUGCCUCUUCCACAAAAGACAGGGAUCACUGGACCCGGGCCGCAUUCAGCAGGCGCUGUAGCGAAGAAAAAUGACACAACGUGUUAAUUUGGUUGUUUUACUUUUGUGUCUCGCAUUAAUGUGUCCUGUUGUAACUGGAAUUUUUAUGGACAAGCUUGCCAGCAAGAAGCUGUGUGCUGAUGAUGACUGUGUCUACACCAUUUCCCUUGCCAGAGCAGAAGAGGAUUAUAAUGCUCCAGACUGCAGAUUCAUUAAUAUUAAAAAAGGGCAGUUGAUUUAUGUUUACUCAAAACUAGUGAAAGAAGAAGACUCUGGAGAAUUCUGGGCUGGAAGUGUUUAUGGAGAACAGUAUGAAGACCAUAUGGGGACAGUUGGUUAUUUCCCUAGCAGUUUAGUCUCAGAACAACAUGUCUAUCAAGAAGCAAAUAAGACUGUUCCUACAACGGACAUUGAUUUCUUCUGUGAAUAGUGCUGAAAGCAGUCAGGUAAUCUCUUGACUGCUACCAGGGAAAGCUGACAGGAGGAAACCUGGACACCCUCCCUGAACACACAGCCUUUCCUGUAGUAGGUGUUUGUGAAACAAGUAACCUUUUUUCAAAAUAAGAAAGUUUUCAUUUAAAGGGAGUGAUUUGGGUUGGGCAAAGAGUCCCACACAGGAUUUGUUCUUUAGAAAUUUUUUACCUGUGCAUACUUUGUUACUUGUUAAUAAAGCUAAUAGCCUUUGAACUGCUGUAAGUCUGUGUGGUAUAAAUAUGCUAUGUAUGGGAUUAGAUGUGCAAUCUUGAUCUGCAUUUUCCUGCCAUAACCUUACACCAUGUAUUAGAUGUUAAAAAUACCUUCCUUGGGUAAGCUA